AUGGGAACGUUCCAGGAACUGCAUGGUGAAAUAAAUAAAAAUUCACAAACCACAUCAAAAUCAGGAGCAGGCGAACGCAAAAGGUGGAUACAUGAUCCGACAAGUGACCUGUGCCGGCCGUUAAAUUGCAAAAAGCGUGAAAUUUGUUUAUUGGAGGAUGAGUACAGCGCAGUGUGCGUGUCGAAAAAAGAAUUGCACAAGAAUCGCGAUGAGAUAAUUUCGAAAGCCAAAUAUUUAGAGGAAGAAGCCAAGCGACGUGUCAAUCAGGACGAUAACGACGAUGAAGAUAAGAGUUUAAGCUCUGACGAGGAUUCGAAAGAGGAUGAUGUUUUCUAUGAGAGUAACAAUGCUGACAAAGACGACGAUGAGGAUGAGGACAAUUGCAAGCCCUGUCCUGUGGCAAAACCGACUUUCUUAUGCGGCGCCGACAACAGGACAUACUCUUCGUUAUGUAGAUUGGAUUACCAUAACUGCAUACAUGCAACAUCUAUAAGGAUCGCCUGCAAAGGAUUCUGUCCAUGCAAGGAAAAUAUUGACGGCAAGCGUUUGCAACGUAUUAGCGAGCGUCAAAAUGCUUUUAAUGCCAAAUAUAAGAAGACCAUAGAGCAACAGCAGAAACAAUUACAGCAACAACAGCAGCAGCAGCAGCAACAACAACAGCUAAUGUACAAGGACAACAAUAAUAUUUUGAGUGAUGACACCAACAACAAUAACUUUAAUGCUAUCAUGGACGAUAAGGACGAUAACAAUCGACAUUACAAUCACAUAAAUUCCCAAUUCACAUUCACACCGGAGGAAAUCAAAUACGAUAACAAACACUACAAGUACCUCAAGUACACCGCCUACAAAAAGGAUAAUCAAUAUCAAGAGGAUAAACACAAAAUUCGCGGUUACAAUGAAGUAGUUGAAAAGCCACAGAAGUACAUCAAGAACAAUAACAACAUCAAUAGUGGAUAUCCAUCGAAGUCACCUGAAUGCAAACCACAACAAUUGACCGCAAUUGGAAAUCGCCUAUUGGAUUGGUUUUCAGUAAUUAUGGCCGAUAGCAAGAAACGUCGACAGCACAAUCAAAAAUCGAAAGCACACUUCCCACCCGCCUGCAAGACAGAAGCCAAAUGGAUGUUCGGACAUUUGGAUUUGAACAAUGAUGGCUUACUUUCACUGCAGGAAAUGUACGAUUUGGAACAUGAUCAAAAUGAGCGUUGCAUUAAACCAUUCAUCGAUACUUGCGACUUGGAUCAGGACAAUUCAAUAAAUACACGCGAAUGGUGCCGCUGCUUCGAGAAAACUGAUCGUCCUUGCGCUGCUGUUAGACGAAGAAUUGCCGGCGACUUUGCAGGCGCAUAUGCACCUGACUGCGAUAUUCAAGGAUUCUACAAGCCCACCCAAUGCCACAAUUCAGUCGGAGUUUGCUGGUGUGUGGAUAAACACGGCGUUGAGUUUGCCAAUACACGCACUAGAGGAAAGCCUAAUUGCGAAUCGGUAGUAAACAACGCAUCAUCACUUACAUCCGACGAUGAGGAUGAGGAAACCGACGACGAAGAUAGUGCGGAGGGCAGUGCUGAUCAAAUGCUUGUAUUUUAAAUGAAACUCAACGAAUAUUUUGAUUUUUAAAUAAAAAUAUAUUAAAGAAAUAUCUACAAACAAGCAAACUAAACGCAUUUUAGUAAAAUCACUUAUGAAACAGAGAAGGAUUAUUAUUUUGGUUUAAUCCAAAACCAAAUGCAGUAAGAGUAUAUAAAAUGCAUAUAACCUUUAAUAUAACAAUUAUCUGCAAACAAAGUGCAGUAAUGCUUAAAACUGAAAGAAAUUUUUGAAUUUUUGAAUUUUUGGAACUGCAAAUAAAUUAAAUACAAAUAAAAUAAAAUAUAAAUUUCACAGAAGACAGCAAUUAAACGGAUAAAUAUUUAAGUAAAUAAUUGAAAGUUUUGAUGCUUUUAAUUUCCAUAACAAAUACCAAAAUUAUUAUUAAAUAAAA